CAAAGAAAGGAAAGCCCCUGAUUCAGGGGUGCGGUGGCGGUGGCCGGCUGGGGCAGGGAUCAGGUGUAAAUGGCUGUCAGACUCUAGUCCUUGCGCUGGGACUGUCCAAGCCGCCACCCGCAGGCCCUGGGCGUCGUGAACUGUCAGAGGAGCGUCCAGAGCUGGGACUGUGAGCCCUGUACCCGGGUGCACCUGAGGGGUAAGUGCCUGGAGACCCCAGGCGCGCCCCCGAGGGUAAGGGGGUGUGGCGCGGGCGCGCGCGGGGUCCAGAGUUGCCUGAGGCAGCUGGCGGGGAGCAGCGGGGGAGGGGAGUGGGGAAGGCGCGCGCCGCGGACGCAGCCACUGAGUGAAGGGGGUCGGCUUGCCGGCAGGGCCCCUGGGCGGCUCGUGGGGGCAGUGGCUGCGUGCUGGGUUCCCAGCCCCGGCCAGGAGUGUCUGGGUCUACGGUCCCCGUUGCUCAGGCGCCCGCCCAGUUUCUUGGGCGCCCCCGCCCGGCGCUGUGGUACGGUCCGAGCUUAAAAGGCUCUGCGGCCGCGGGCCGGCCCAGUGUGCGGACGGUGGCGCGCUCGGGGCGUGGGGUGCUGCGGUGGGGCGCGAACCCGCGGUGUGGGCUCCGGGGUGCGUCCACGUGGCCGGCGGGCGGGCGCCCGGAACCAGCGAAGGCUCAGGGUCAGGUAGGUGGGCGCCAUCCUCGCUGCCUGAGAGGGGCCAGCCUGCUGCGGGGCGGGGGUUUCGGGCAUCCAGGGGUCCGUUUCGGCCUUGCAGGGGUCAGAUCCUUGCCCUCCGCGUCGGGCGCCGGCCAGCCUGGCCCUCGGUGCUCUGCGAGGGUAGGGACUGCCAACCCAAGCCCAGCUGCCCUGCCCAGUGGAGACCCUUUGUCGCGGAGGAGCGACCCCUCAGAGAAUUGCCGCUGCACUUACAUGCACUCAGGUCUCCGCCAUCUGCUGAGCGUGCCACGGGCAGGGUAGGGUGAGCCGUGCCAGCAGCACAGAGGGAGGCAUUGGGGAGCGCUGGAUCCGAGUCUCUGAGUGAGGCUGUCCCCUUGCUGGAGCUCUCUCCUGGCAGGACCGUGUGGCAGAGGGGUGGAAAUAUCUGUGACGCCCGAGGUUGCCACUUACAAGUGGGGGCUUGGGUGAGGUCUUGGGCUGCAAAUCCUGCCUCUCCAGGUCUCCUUGCUGACCUGUCCCCACCCUGUCUCUAAGCCUGUCUUCCUGCGAGCAGGGGGAGGAAGGGCAGGAUAUUGCCUCUCUUCUCUUUUGCCUUCCUUUCUUCUCAUUUGCCUUCCUUUCUUCUCAUUGUGGCAUAAGAGGUCCAGGAUGAAGACCUGACAAAAGAGGAGAGAUGAUCAAUUCAAGCUGAAACUUUGCAGUUUCAAGCCGGGCCUGCACCUGUUCUAGGGAAUGUACCUAUUCCUUUCUCUCAUCUGUGGCUCCUUGAUUUGGUUCCUCUGCAUCCCUAGGUUGGGUCCUCCUGUUUCCCUUACGACCGGGCAUGGAGAGGUGCUGAGCCCUGCCCUGUUGGCUGCCACGACACUGCUCUGCUGUUUUUGCAGCCUGGGUUUGGCUGGGUGUGGCCUCGGGACUAAGUACCAGAGUCAACACUGUCCAUAUGGCCCCAGCCUCAUCUCCCCAAGGCCUCAACUGUAUUUGGGAUGUUGCUGCUCUUCCAUAAGGCUCCUGGGACUCCUGAGGGUGGGCUGGGCCCCCAGUGCACUGCACCCUCCUCAGCUAAUGUCUGGAGCCACGUGGGGCUGUCGGGCACUGUCUGGCUUUGCCUGAGCAGAGCUUGACUAUUUCUGUGUGUGGCUGUGGGGGCAGACGACUCUGCUUUGUGUUGCAGGCCCUUGGGGCAAGGAGGCAGCUGGGCCCCUGUAGGGGAGGUGGUAGUACUGGGUCUAGUUUCAGGCCUUGAUGCCCCAGACCUCUGUCCUGGAUGACAGUGCCUCUCUGGGCUGGUAUCCCUGCCCCCAUUUCCCUCCCCCAGUUGUGCUUAUUUUCUCCCUGCCCAACCCCCUUCUCUUAGCUCAGGCAAGGGGCAUCUCUGUGGCCCGAUGCUUUCUUGCAAUUGCUCUUCUGUGCAGCUGGUAUCCUCAGCUCUGGGAUGUGUCACUUGCUCGAGGUCUCAUUUCCAGGAGGGUCUCCUGCCCUGCCUUUCUGAGCAUCUGGCUGUGCUGCCCCCUUGGGUGUGGCCCAGCUGAGAUGAGGCCUCCUGGCUCCUCUCCAGUGUGGGGGAUGAGAGGUGACUGAUGUGCCCUAUGGAGGCCCCUCCUCUCUCCCAGCCGCAGUCACCUCUGGGGCUCUGGUGUGGCAGUGGGUGAGUGGCCUGGCCUUCUGUGGCAUGGAGCUCAGCCUGCUGGGGGCCCUGGGCCAGACAGCACAGGUGGAGGAUAGGCGGCCUGGGCCUGAGGCCUCUGACUUCCACUUGCUGUGUCUCUCAGGCCUGUCCCCAGGUGCAGCUGCCGGCCAUGCCUGCUGUCUGCCUCCUCCAGCUGCUCCUCCUCACUGUGGGCGGGGCCCUGGGCAACAGCAGGCCCUUCCGUGCCUUCAUGGUGACAGACACCACGCUUACGCACCUGGCUGUGCACCGGGUAACUGGAGAGGUGUUUGUGGGUGCAGUGAACCGAGUCUUCAAGCUGGCCCCCAAUCUGACUGAGCUGCGGGCCCAUGUCACAGGGCCUGUUGAGGAUAAUUCUCGCUGCUACCCACCUCCCAGCAUGCGUGCAUGUGCCCACCACCUGGCACCUGUGGAUAAUGUGAACAAACUGCUGCUCAUAGACUAUGCGGCCCACCGCCUGGUCGCCUGUGGCAGCACGUGGCAGGGCAUCUGCCAGUUCCUGCGCCUGGAUGACCUCUUCAAGCUCGGUGAGCCACACCACCGGAAGGAGCACUACCUGUCAGGGGCCCAGGAGCCUGACUCCAUGGCUGGUGUCAUCGUGGAGCAGGGCCAGGGGCCCAGCAAGCUGUUUGUGGGCACCGCUGUUGAUGGCAAAUCAGAGUACUUCCCCACCCUGAGCUCCCGCAAGCUGAUCAGCGAUGAAGACAGCGCGGACAUGUUUAGCUUGGUGUACCAGGAUGAGUUUGUUUCUUCUCAGAUCAAGAUCCCCUCAGACACACUGUCCUUAUACCCUGCCUUUGACAUCUAUUAUGUUUACGGCUUCGUGAGUGCCUCCUUCGUUUAUUUCCUGACGCUGCAGCUGGACACCCAGCAGACACUGCUGGACACAGCAGGCGAAAAAUUCUUCACCUCCAAAAUUGUGCGCAUGUGCGCAGGGGACUCAGAGUUCUAUUCCUACGUGGAGUUCCCCAUUGGCUGCUCCUGGCAUGGUGUGGAGUACCGCCUGGUGCAGAGCGCCCACCUAGCCAAGCCCGGCCUACUGUUGGCCCAGGCCCUGGGUGUGCCGGCCGACGAAGACAUCCUCUUCACCAUCUUCUCUCAGGGGCAGAAGAACCGAGCCAGCCCUCCCAGGCAGACUGUCCUCUGCCUCUUUACCCUCAGUAACAUCAAUGCCCACAUCCGGCAUCGCAUCCAGUCCUGCUACCGGGGAGAGGGCACGCUGGCCCUGCCUUGGCUGCUGAACAAGGAGCUGCCCUGCAUCAAUACCCCCAUGCAGAUCAAUGGAAACUUCUGUGGCCUGGUGUUGAACCAGCCCCUGGGUGGCCUACAUGUGAUCGAAGGGCUGCCCCUGCUGGCCGACAACACCGAUGGUAUGGCCAGUGUGGCUGCCUACACCUACCACCAGCACUCUGUGGUGUUCAUUGGCACACGCAGUGGAAGUCUGAAGAAGGUGCGGGUUGAUGGCUCCCAGGAUACCCACCUUUAUGAGACAGUUCCCGUAGUGGAUGGAAGCCCCAUACUCCGAGACCUGCUUUUCAGCCCUGACCACCGGCACAUCUACCUGCUGAGUGAGAAGCAGGUGAGCCAGCUCCCCGUGGAGACCUGCGAGCAGUAUCUGAGCUGUGCGGCCUGCCUGGGAUCAGGAGACCCACACUGUGGCUGGUGUGUGCUGCAGCACAGGUGCUGCCGUGAAGGGGCCUGUCCUGGUGCUUCUGCCCCACACAGCUUUGUGGAAGAGCUGAGCAAGUGUGUCCAGGUGCGGGUUCGGCCCAACAAUGUGUCAGUGACAUCGCCUGGGGUGCAGCUGACUGUGGCCGUGCGCAAUGUGCCAGACCUCAGUGCGGGUGUGAGCUGUGUCUUUGAGGAGGUGAUGAAGAGUGAGGCUGUCCUGCUGCCCUCUGGCGAGUUGCACUGCCUUUCACCAUCUCUGCAGGAGCUGCAGGCUCUUACCAGGGGGCAUGGGUCCACCCGAACCGUGCAGCUGCAGCUGCUCUCUAAGGAGACAGGCGUGAGGUUUGCUGGGGCUGACUUUGUCUUCUACAACUGCAGUGUCCUCCAGUCGUGCAUGUCAUGUGUUGGCAGCCCUUACCCCUGCCACUGGUGUAAGUACCGCCAUGUGUGUACCAGCCACCCCCACGAAUGCUCCUUCCAGGAGGGCAGGGUCCACAGCCCUGAGGGCUGCCCUGAGAUCUUGCCCAGUGGGGACCUUCUGAUCCCCGUUGGCGUCAUGCAACCUCUCACCCUACGGGCUAAGAACCUACCUCAGCCGCAAUCCGGCCAGAAGAACUAUGAGUGUGUGGUGCGGGUGUGGGGCCGGCAGCAGCGGGUGCCUGCUGUGCGCUUCAACAGCAGCAGCAUACAGUGCCAGAAUGCCUCGUACUCCUAUGAAGGCGAUGAGUAUGGUGACACUGAGCUGGACUUCUCUGUGGUCUGGGAUGGAGACUUCCCCAUUGACAAGCCUCCUACUUUUCGAGCCCUCCUGUACAAGUGUUGGGCUCAGCGGCCCAACUGUGGCCUCUGCCUCAAGGCUGACCCCCGCUUCAGCUGUGGCUGGUGCAUCUCAGAGCACAGGUGCCAGCUGCGGGCCCACUGCCCUGCCCCUAAGACCAACUGGAUACACCCCAGCCAGAAAGGUGCCCGGUGCAGCCACCCCCGCAUCACCCAGAUCCACCCUCUCAUGGGGCCCAAGGAGGGAGGCACCCAGGUCACCAUUCUGGGAGAGAACCUGGGUCUUGCCUCCCGAGAGCUAGGCCUGCGGGUGGCUGGCGUGCGUUGCAAUUCUAUCCCAGCUGAGUAUGUCAGUGCUGAGAGGAUUGUGUGUGAGAUGGAGGAGUCUUUGGUGCCCAGCCCACUACCGGGGCCUGUGGAGCUCUGCAUAGGCGACUGUUCUGCUGACUUCCGCACGCAGUCAGAGCAGCUCUACAGCUUUGUGAGCCCAAUGUUUGACCGUGUGAGUCCCAGUCGGGGCCCAGCUUCAGGGGGCUCGCGGCUUACCAUCUUUGGCAGUUCCCUAGAUGCCGGCAGCAGGGUCACAGUGACUGUGAGAGAUGGCGAGUGCCAGUUCGUGAGGAGGGAUGCUGAGGCAAUUGUGUGUAUCACGCCUGUCUCCACUCUGGGCCCCAGCCAGGCCCCCAUCACCCUUGCCAUUGACCGUGCCAAUGUGUCUAGCCCUGGAGUCAUCUAUACUUACACUCAAGACCCCACAGUCACACACCUGGAACCCACGUGGAGCAUCAUCAAUGGAAGCACCGCCAUCACUGUGAGUGGGACCCACCUUCUGACAGUUCAGGAGCCUCGAGUCCGGGCCAAGUACCGUGGCAUUGAGACCACUAAUACGUGCCAGGUGAUCAAUGACACUGCCAUGCUGUGUAAGGCCCCCGGGAUCUUCCUCGGGCGGCCCCAACCACGGGCCCAAGGCGAGCACCCUGAUGAGUUUGGCUUCGUGCUGGACCAUGUGCAGACAGCGCGCUCCCUCAACCGCUCCUCUUUCACCUACUACCCUGACCCCAGCUUUGAGCCGCUUGGCCCCUCUGGUGUGCUGGACGUCAAACCUGGCUCCCACGUGGUGCUGAAGGGCAAGAACCUGAUCCCUGCGGCAGCUGGCAGCUCCCGCCUCAACUACACAGUGCUGAUUGGGGGCCAGCCAUGUGCACUCACCGUUUCAGAUACGCAGCUCCUGUGCGACUCACCCAGCCAGACUGGCCGGCAGCCUGUCAUGGUACUGGUAGGUGGCCUGGAGUUCUGGCUGGGCACUCUGCACAUCACAGCUGAGCGGGCACUGACCCUGCCAGCCAUGGUGGGGCUGGCUACAGGGGGUGGGCUCCUGCUGUUGGCCAUUACUGCAGUGCUGGUUGCCUACAAGCGCAAGACUCAGGAUGCAGAUCGCACACUCAAGCGGCUCCAGCUGCAGAUGGACAACCUGGAGUCACGAGUGGCCCUGGAAUGCAAGGAAGCCUUCGCAGAGCUGCAGACUGACAUCAAUGAGCUAACAAACCACAUGGAUGGGGUGCAGAUCCCUUUCCUGGACUACCGGACCUAUGCUGUGCGCGUGCUCUUCCCUGGCAUUGAGGCCCACCCAGUGCUCAAGGAGCUAGAUACCCCCCCCAACGUCGAGAAGGCCCUGCACCUUUUUGGGCAGCUGCUGCACAGCCGUGCCUUUGUGCUCACCUUCAUCCACACGUUGGAGGCCCAGAGCAGCUUCUCCAUGCGUGACCGUGGCACUGUGGCCUCACUCACCAUGGUGGCCCUGCAAAGCCGGCUUGACUAUGCUACGGGGCUGCUCAAGCAACUACUGGCAGACCUUAUAGAGAAAAACCUUGAGAGCAAGAACCACCCAAAGUUGCUCUUGCGCAGGACAGAGUCAGUGGCUGAGAAGAUGCUUACCAACUGGUUCACAUUCCUGCUGCAUAAGUUUCUGAAGGAGUGUGCGGGAGAGCCGCUCUUCCUCUUAUACUGUGCCAUCAAGCAGCAGAUGGAGAAGGGCCCCAUUGAUGCUAUCACAGGUGAGGCGCGCUACUCCCUGAGUGAGGACAAGCUUAUCCGGCAGCAGAUUGACUACAAGACACUGACCCUAUACUGUGUGUGCCCAGAGAGUGAGGGCAGUGCUCAGGUCCCGGUGAAAGUUCUCAACUGUGACAGCAUCACCCAGGCCAAAGACAAGCUGCUGGAUACCGUGUACAAGGGCAUCCCAUACUCCCAGCGCCCCAAAGCUGAGGAUAUGGAUCUGGAAUGGCGCCAGGGUCGCAUGGCCCGCAUCAUCCUCCAGGAUGAGGAUGUCACUACCAAGAUUGAGUGUGACUGGAAGAGGGUCAACUCACUGGCCCACUACCAGGUGACUGAUGGUUCUUCGGUGGCACUGGUGCCCAAACAAGUGUCUGCCUAUAACAUGGCCAACUCCUUCACCUUCACCCGCUCCCUCAGCCGCUAUGAGAGCUUGCUCCGCACAGCUAGCAGCCCUGAUAGCCUCCGCUCACGGGCACCCAUGAUCACACCUGACCAGGAGACAGGCACCAAGCUGUGGCACCUGGUGAAGAACCAUGACCAUGUUGACCACCGAGAAGGGGACCGUGGCAGUAAGAUGGUCUCAGAGAUCUACCUGACACGACUACUGGCCACCAAGGGUACAUUGCAGAAGUUUGUGGAUGACCUCUUUGAAACUGUGUUCAGCACAGCCCACCGGGGCUCAGCUCUGCCCCUGGCCAUCAAGUACAUGUUCGACUUCCUGGAUGAACAGGCUGACCAGCGCCAGAUCAGUGACCCUGACGUGCGUCACACCUGGAAGAGCAACUGCUUGCCCCUGCGCUUCUGGGUGAAUGUGAUUAAGAACCCGCAGUUUGUGUUUGACAUCCACAAGAACAGCAUCACAGACGCCUGCUUGUCGGUGGUGGCCCAGACCUUCAUGGACUCCUGUUCCACAUCUGAGCACCGCCUGGGCAAGGACUCACCCUCCAACAAGCUGCUCUAUGCCAAGGAUAUCCCCAACUACAAGAGCUGGGUGGAGAGGUACUACCGAGACAUUGCAAAGAUGGCAUUGAUCAGUGACCAGGACAUGGAUGCCUACUUGGUGGAGCAGUCCCGCCUCCAUGCCAGUGAAUUCAAUGUCCUAAGUGCACUCAGUGAGCUCUAUUUCUAUGUCACCAAGUACCGCCAGGAGAUUCUUACUGCUCUGGACCGAGAUGUCUCUUGUCGGAAGCAUAAGUUGCGCCAGAAGCUGGAGCAGAUCAUCAGCCUCAUGUCCAGCAACAGCUAAAGGUGGUGGCAUUGGUGAGGAGGGGGUUUCUCAGUCCUCAGCCAUCCUCCUGGCAAGGGGAGCUGCUGGCUCAAGACUGGGCCGCUGGGCUGAGCCCUGGAUUGGGUCUUGUGUGGAAGGUUUCUAGGACAAGAUGCCCCAGCACACCCAGGCCCCCUUUAUUAGUGCCUUGCUUUGGGCCCUGUAAGGGGAGGGGGGUGACAGGACCAAACCCUCACCCUGGCAGCAGCAAUACCCCUCCUCCUUGUGCCCACGUAUUGGAAUACCCUGCCCUCCUGCUAUUUAUGUCCCAAAUACCUAUUUAUUGAACUCCCUGUUGUUCUCCAUCUGUAAAUAAGUGUCCCCCAUGGGAUGCUGCCAGUCUCACUGUCCUUCCUCUCCUGAGUUCCAGGCCCCACCACCUGCUCUGUUUCCUUUGUAAUAUUACCAGCCUUGGCCCAGCCCCUGGCAUCUCACCCUUUCCACGCUGGCCCUACCUGUCCUGAGAUAGGUUCUCAGCACCAGCAGCAAUUGGGUCAGGGCUGAUGCAUCCAAAGUUAUCUUCACACUGGCUGUGCCAGGCUGUGCCACAGUGUCCCCCUCAAACAUCUUGGGGGUCCAACUCUACAUUCCCAUGGGUCCCUGUUCUCCCUGAGCACCUGGAAUGCUCUGUGUAACCAGGCUUGUGCCGGGCCUGACUUGGGUCUAGGGGUUCCAGACACUCCUCCCUGCCCUACCGCCAAACUUCCUGUGUCUUCUGCACUUGCCCUGGACCCCUGUUCCUCAGCUGCCCCACCCUGCACCCUCCCUGAGGGGCCGAGGCAGCAGUGCCUUACUGCUCCCUGUCUUCUGCCUCCCCUGAGGAAUCUGGCCCCAUCUCACAAUCCCGGACCCCCAGUUCUCUCUUUAGUGGCAUGAGUUUUUGUCUCCAUGGAGUGUGUUUUCCUAAUUAAAUGUUGGGGAAAAUGGA